AUGCCGGGGACUGUGGCUCUCAUCACCGCCCUCUCGCUCCUCUCGGCCGGGCUGCGGAGCUCCGUGUUCGGCGCGGGGAUGCUGGGCUCCGUGGCCGCGGAGGAGAGCUCCAGCGCCCGGGUGAGCAGCACGGCGGUGCCCGGGGCGUGGAGCUCCGGGGCCGGGGACAGAGCAGCGGGGCAAGCCGGCUGCCCUGGCCGCUGCCGGUGCGAGGUGGACGGGCUGCUCCACCGGGUGGACUGCUCGGACCUGGGGCUCCGGGAGGUCCCGAGCAACCUGAGCGUGUUCACCUCCUUCCUCGAUCUGAGUAUGAAUAAUCUGACUGUGUUGUCCAGCGGAGGUUUGUCCAACCUACACUUCCUGGAGGAGCUGCGUUUGGCGGGAAACGACCUGUCGUCCAUCCCCAGAGGAGCGUUCACUGGCCUCUACAACCUCAAAGUUCUGAUGCUUCAAAACAACCAGCUGACGUGUGUUCCUGCCGAGGCCUUCAACAAUCUGCACAACCUGCAGUCACUACGUCUCGACGCCAAUCACAUCUCCUUGGUUCCUGUCGGCUGUUUCACGGGUCUGCGCACACUCCGUCACCUGUGGCUGGAUGACAACUCUCUGACAGAGGUGCCGGCGGCGGCUCUGAGCGAGCUGCCCGCCCUGCAGGCCAUGACCCUCGCCCUCAACCUCAUCAGCCACGUCCCUGACCACGCCUUCAGCCAGCUGGGCCGCCUUGUGGUGCUGCAUCUCAACAACAAUAGGAUCGUUUCCAUGGGAACGGACUGCUUCCACGGACUCCACAGUUUGGAGACGUUGGAUUUGAACUACAACAGCCUGGUGGCGUUUCCCUCGGCCGUCCGCUCGCUCGGCCACCUCAAAGAGCUCGGUUUCCAUAGCAACAACAUCCAGUCCAUCCCGGAGCACGCCUUCACAGGAAACCCAUCACUGAUCACCAUUUUUUUCUACGACAAUCCGAUCCAGUCUGUUGGAAGCUCUGCCUUCCAGAACCUUCCAGAGCUUCGCACACUUUCUCUGAACGGAGCCGCGGAUCUCACUGAGUUUCCAGAUCUGACGGGAACCAAAAGUCUGGAGAGCCUGACCAUCACAGGGGCUCGGAUCAUCUCUUUGCCUUCUUCAGUGUGUGAGCAGCUUCCAAACCUGCAGCUGCUGGAUCUCUCCUACAAUCACCUCCGCUCUCUGCCCAGUUUCUCCGCCUGUGAAAACAUUCAGAAUAUUGAUUUGCACCAUAACGACAUCGAAGAGCUGCAGGAGAACAACUUCCAUGGUCUGAUGUCUCUGAGCUCUCUUGAUUUGUCGUGGAACAGGCUAACGUCAGUGAAGCCGAACUCGUUCUCUGCUCUACCGGCUCUGACCAAACUUGACCUGUCGUCCAAUCAGCUGUCCUCCCUGACUCUGAUUGGUCUGCAGAGUUUAACUCACCUGCGAUUGGCUGGAAACGAUCAGCUGAUGGAGCUGAUACCUCGAGAGGAUCUGCCUCGAGUCAGGGUGAUGGAGCUUCCUUAUGCUUUCCAGUGCUGUGCCUUCACCUCCUGUGAGAGAGAGGAGGUGGUCGACUUCAGAGACAGCUCCGUACUCUCCAGUCAAGCCGAUCAGGACUGGGAGGAUUUUCUCAUCGAGUCUGAUGACGAACCAAAACCUCAGCACUUGGUCCAAUGCAGCCCUGCACCAGGUCCGUUCCGUCCCUGCCUCCAUCUGCUCGGCAGCUGGUUGAUCCGUGGGGGGGUGUGGCUCAUUGCAGCGCUCUCAUUGGUCAGCAAUAGCCUCGUCGUGCUGUCCAUCUUCUUUUCUGCCGCCACUUUGGUCACGCCCCCCAAGCUGCUGAUUGGCCUGCUGGCCCUGGUGAACGGCCUGAUGGGAGUGUGGAGCGGCUGGUUGGCCGCGGUGGACACGUGGACGUUUGGGAGCUUCUGGAGGUAUGGAGCCAAGUGGGAGAGCAGCUUCCUGUGUCGAUUCAGCGGCUUCCUGUGUGUGUUUGCUUCGCAGACGGGUCUCUUCCUGCUCACGCUCGCAGCUCUGGAGCGAUGUGUGGCCGCCGGCGCUCAACGACACAAAACCGAUGACGGCAGAGGUGAGGAGCGUCGCGCCUCGUCUCCGUUCUCCCUGCGUCUCUCUGUCUUCCUGUGUCUCCUGUUGGGGUUGGCCGUCACGCUGCCCCCCCUAGUGGCCGGACACAAUAGCACCUCCCUCUGUUUGCCGCUGCCUUUCUCUUCCUCCUCCUCGUCCUCUUCCCUGGCCCUCUCCGUCUCCCUGGUGCUCCUCGACUCGUUGUGUUUCCUCGUCAUGACGCUCGCCUACACUCACCUCUACUGUCGGGCCAACAAAGCCCUGCCCACCUCGGAGGAAGAGGCGGCGCUGACCCGACACGUGGCCUGGCUGCUCUUCUCCGACUGCCUCCUCUACCUCCCUGUGGCCUUCCUCUCCUUCUCCUCUCUGCUGCACCUCCCCGCCGCUGGGCCUGACGUGGCGAAGGGCGUUCUGCUGCUUGUGGCGCCGCUGCCGGCCUGCGUCAACCCGCUGCUCUACCUCCUGUUCAACCCUAUCGCCAGGGAGGAGCUAGCGGCGCUGGCCAAACGCAUCAGCAGAGCAAGGCAUCAGCGAGGAGGAGGAGGAGGAGGAGGAGGAGGAGGAGGAGGAGGAGGAGGAGGAGGAGGAGGAAGGUCGACGAUGGUAACAAUGGAUUCAACGUACGACGAGGACGCAGAGAAACAGUCAUGUGACUCGACUCAGGCGCUGGUGGCGCUGGGAGGCACGAAGGAGGAUGAGGAAGGGGAGAGAGGGAGGAUGAAGAGCGAGACACAACGUUCUGUGGCGUUUGUUGUUCAACGUCACUAG